AUGAUUUUGUGCCCGAACGUUGGUUGGUUGAACCGCCCGAGAAGUACGCAAAGGACAACAAGGAGGUUGUUCAACCCUUUUCGUAUGAGCUGA